CCUGCCCCAAUUCCCCCGCCGGUGAUGGAUCCCAUUCCCAGUAUCCCCCCAUGCAACCAUCCCCACCACCUUACCCCUGCUGACGCUGCUGAUGCUGCUUUGGAAGCUGUCGUGAGGAGUGAGUCGCUGGCUUCGAGCCGAUUUAUCCGACGCGUCAUCUCCUGAGCGCAGUUGACCUAUCGAUCUUAUCUUUGUUGUUGUUCCUCCGUAUACUUCCGAUGGCUGGGGAUACGCACCACACCGGCAUAGUGGGUGUCAUUGUGGGUGCAGUGGUGUUGUUUGUGGCCUUGAGUACGAUCCCAUUUAUCGUGCUGUACCAUCAUCGUCGACGAGCAACUACCAGACGCAGUAGCGAACUCCGCAACCUCACCGAUGGCGGCAUAAUGCGGCAGGUAUCGGUCGAUCGAUGGCUGGACGAGCAGACACACGCGAGCUGCGAGGAUCGGUUAUACGCUCAGGAAUCCUGUCCCAUCUGUCUGUCAACCCUAGCAGCGUCCCAAGAUACCCUUCCUUUUCCCGAGCCGGCCUGGGUCGCACCAUCACCCCACGACGAGCCCAACCUGCAUGACACAAUGGAGGCCGAUCGAGUGUCUGGGAGGAGAAACAUCCUGGUCCUCAACCGUUGCCACCAUGUCUUCCAUGCGUCCUGUCUCGCAUCAUGGUUCGAAUACCAUCAGUAUAGAUGCCCGAUUUGUCAGACAUCAUAUUUCAGCGAAUAGCCCGCUACAACAUUGCAGAUAGUCAGCGACCGCAAUGGAAAGUCUUUGUUCCCGCGUAUAUCUUUUGCCAAGACUAGUGCUAUGGUUGGCAAACUCUAAGUCUGUUCAUGUCCAUUUGACUCGUUCGAACAGGGUCGUCACCAUGACCACGAUGUCACUUCAGAACCAAGCAUGUUAGUUGUGCAUGGCAGACCCUGAAUGAGU